CCCCAGCGGCGGCAGUACCGUGAUCCGCGCGUGUAGACACACCAUGGCGUUCCUGUGCAGUAUGUGACGGGGAAAUAUAACAGAGACAACGCGUUGUUGUCAUAUUCUUGCAAGGGAAGGAUUGGAUUGACAUAAAGCUGAAAAUGGGCUCUCGGAUCAAGGAGAACCCUGGGUCAGCUUUCGAGGUGUACAUGGAGGUGGGACAUUCUGGGACGGCUGGCACUGGACCAGAGGUGCGAAGAAGUUUCCCUGACACAUACACCGAACAGGAAACGCUACAGACUAUCCCAAAGUUUUGUUUCCCCUUCAAUGUAGACAGUAUGGUGGUUAAUCAGGUGGGACAAAACUUCACGUUCGUUUUAACCGAUAUCGAGAGCAAACAGCGCUUCGGGUUCUGCAGGCUCUCGUCUGGAGCCCACAUCUGCCACUGCAUCCUCAGCUAUCUGCCCUGGUUUGAAGUAUUUUAUAAACUUCUGAAUAUACUGGCGGACUACACAACCAAAGGACAGGAGAGUCAAUGGAGAGAGUUGUUAGAAUCUCUACAUCGGUUAACCAUCCCUGAUCCUGGAGUGCCUGUACAUUUGAGUGUGCAUUUGUUUUUCACAGUGCCUGAUCCUAGAGAGUUACCCAGUAUUCCUGAAAGUAGAAAUCUGACCGAGUAUUUUGUAGCAGUGGACGUGAAUAACAUGCUGCAUUUGUAUGCUAGCAUGCUGUAUGAGAGACGAAUCCUCAUCAGCUGUAGCAAGCUGAGCACUUUAACUGCAUGUGUUCAUGGAGCAGCGGCCAUGUUGUAUCCCAUGUAUUGGCAGCAUGUUUACAUUCCAGUGCUGCCCCAGCACUUAUUAGAUUACUGCUGUGCUCCAAUGCCGUACCUCAUCGGAGUUCAUUCUAGCCUCAUGGAGAAGGUGCGUGGUAUGGCUUUAGAUGAUGUCGUACUUCUCAACGUGGACACAAACACUCUUGAAACACCAUUUGAUGACCUGCAAAGCCUUCCUAAUGAUGUGGUUUCAUCUUUAAAGAGCCGUCUAAGGAAGGUCUCUUCAACGACAGGAGAUGGGGUGGCCAGAGCGUUUCUGAAAGCGCAGGCAGCUUUGUUCGGCAGUUAUAGGGACGCACUACACAUAAAACUGGAGGAGCCGAUAACCUUCUGUGAGGAAACAUUUGUCACACACCGAUCAAGCACAAUGAGACAGUUUCUGCAAAACGCUAUCCAGCUACAGUUCUUCAAACAGUUUAUAGAUGGCCGUCUGGAGUUGUUGAACUCGGGUGAAGGGUUCAGUGAUCAGUUUGAGGAGGAAAUCAAUAUUGGAGAAUAUGCAGGUAGUGAUAAGACAUAUCACCAGUGGCUGUUCACAGUAAAGAAAGGCAGCGGGGCCAUAUUAAACACGGUGAAGACAAAGGCAAAUCCUGCCAUGAAGACAGUUUACAAAUUUGCCAAAGAUCAUGCCAAGAUGGGCAUCAAAGAAGUCAAGAGUCGACUUAAACAAAAGGAGCUUACAGAGAAUGGCUUUUCAGAUGAGCCCGGCACCGCCCACUUACCCACCACGAACAGCAAGGACUCCCUCACCUGGGACCAGAGACGUCCAAUCACAGUUCACUUCGGACAGAACCCACCUCAUGAGAACCUUGAGCGAGAACCCUCCACAUUGCCUCCUCGGCCACAACGGCCACCUCCCCCCCGCCCCAUCAAACUCCAGCGUAGCACGCCACGACCAGCCAGACCACCUCGACCUCUGGUGCCAAAGAGGCCACGCAGUAAUAUUGGGAUAGAGGGAAGCCCUGAACAUUACGUGCGCCAAACCCGUCACUAUACAGUGUUUCUGUGCGAGGACUCUUCGGGCGACGAGCUGUCUCAGGAUGAUGACGCCAUCGCAGCUUUUCCUGAACACUUCAUGCUCUCUGCACCUUUUGAAUGGCCUCAGCCAUAUAGGUCUCUUAAAGAAGCGGAGCUUGUUGAAGAAGGAGAAGAGAUUGGCGAGCGCUUUCAAGGUAACACAGCUCCGUCCAGCCCUGUCCUAGACAAAUUCUCAGACCUGAGCAUAUUGGAGGAUGCCUUCUGUAGCCAACAGGGAAAGGCAAAGUGUAUGGACACCACAGAUAUCGCAAAAACCUCUCACAGCACGCACAGUACACUCGGUGCAGCGCGGAGUUUGGAAGAUCUCCGAGCAGACCCACAACAUCUCAACUUCAACUACCAGCGGAUAGAUGUAAGUUCGGAAGAGCGCACAAGAACUCUCCCUGGCCUGAAAACCCCAAAUCCCUACAACAAAUUUUGGAGCCAACAAGGGGAACCUUCUACGUUGCUUGGCCGAGAGUCCCCAACCUGGGAGAGACCUCUAUCCGUACCACCCUUGGAAACGACCGAGCCACGUCCACCCAGCAGAGAGAGCUGUAAUCCCACCACAGAGAAGGUGGAAGGGGCAAGCAUCACCAUUCCUCGCCCUCAAGGUCGCAAAACACCCGAACCAGGUGCAGUGUUGGCGCCGGCUGUCACCCUGCUGCGCGGCGGUAAGCAGGCCGGUGAGAAAGAAGGAGGAGUGACCGCUGGAGGGCAGGAGUUUCGGCAGGCGUUAAACAUGUCUCCCCACUUACAGGGGGACUUGUUGAAGUCCACUGAGCCAAACGAGGGGCAAGGACUUGACUUGCUCAGCCUGUUGGACCCUCUUCGUGGAGCAACAGAAAAUGAGACCGCUCCUUCCACCUCUAAACCUCCCGUACCUCCUCGUCCUCCUCCCCCGAACCUUCCCCCCUUCCCUCCUCAAGCAUCCCUCAACCCCUUUACCCCACAGCCCCAAUACCCUCCUCAAAGGCACUACAGCCCUGUUGUCCCAGGCAACCCUUUCGCUCCCGCCUACAUGACUUCCCCUGGUACCACUUAUUUCACCACUCCUCCCCGGCCCCUUUCAGUAUUCGGACAGGCAUCUGCUAUGGGUGUGUCCCAGGCAGGAGGAGCAUGGCCAGUGGGACGUGUCCCUCCGUCCUCUAGUAGUAGUGGCUCGCUCUCAAGCCUUUUAGACUCACCUGCUCCGCCCACUGUGGCCCAGCCCAGUGAUGCUCCACGUGACCCAUUCAGUGACCUCCUUACCAUGGCAACGACACCAAUUGUAACAGCCACACCACCCAAAAAGAAGGUGGAGGACUUGAGGAGUAGAUGGGAGACUUUUGACUGAACUGGCGCUAGCGAUCAGUGAGGAAUUGCAAAUGGACAAAAAAUAGUGGCCUGAAAGCAAUGUUGGUCGUUUUUUCCCAGAGUGUGUUGUGCUUUUCUUGCGCCUAGCUCGCACACUUAGCCUUAUGCGCAUUGAUGCUAACAACGUUUUUCCCGUAGCAACACUAUGAACCACGGUGCUCUAGUAGCACGCAAGUUUAACACUGAAAAUCCCGUAGAUACCAAGAUAUAGCACUGUACUCUUUGUGGCUAGCAGUGUAGUUCCCAUAGAGAUACAAUACUACAUGUACCGUACACUAAUGACCCACUUUUUAGUAACCAUAGCGAUUAGACCGUCGUUAGUGCUGUUACUGUGGUAACUUUACAUCCCCUGACCAAUCAGGCAUCCACAUUCUUGUACAAGCGUAACCAUGCUGUUAUUAUACUAAAUGAUGGUUGAAUCGGCAUUCAUUACACUUAGCAUGCUACCUGCUACGUGCAGAGUGCAUACUAUGUUCUGCACUCUACAAUGCACGUAUCAUACUACAUUCUCCAUAGUGAGACAAUGCGAACCGCUGCAUACUUCAUAUUUUGCACUACGUUAAAUACAGCUUAAAACAGUAUGUACUGCACACUGUAGUACAUGCUAUAUACUGCUCAAUAUGUAGAUGGUAGUGUGUGAUCGGGUUUGAGAAAACAGCCCUACUGCCCCCCAGAGGUUUGACGUGGGAAGUUUUACGUCAUAAGUGAUGCAUGCAUUUCAUUCGUUAGUUCUUAACAGAACUUUGGGUAUUUUUGGAUUUAUUUCCAAUGAAAGCCCUCGCUGGUUUCGCUUAUCUGCGUGUCGGUCUCAAAGUAUUAAAGUGGAUCUGCUGGAACUGGGUUCUGUUGAGUUUCAUAAUAGUUUAGAUAUUGACUGUCCACUUACUUUGAUGUUAAAGUUUCGAAUCACUCGUCUCUUUUUAUGCUGAACGUCACAUGAUAGACUUAUAGCUUUCAUAAAGCGACCAAUCAGCACGGCCUUCUUUUUUAGCUUCACCUUCUUUCAUCCAGUGAUCUGCUACUGCCAUGCACACGGCAUUAUGGGUAUUUAUUCUAUCGGAGCUGUGUUUGUGCUUUUUAAACAUGUAUACCGCUAUACAGUGUGUUAAAACGAAAUCCAACUCCUAUGGUUUAGUUCAGCACUAAAGAAGCGGAAAGCUUUAUUUCUUGAUCUUUAUGUUAUAUCUUUUCUGCUUUUUGCUGUACUCGAGACUUGCAAGUAGGAGAACACUGUUUGUGCAAAUGAAAAAAGUGUGUGUACAACCAAACGCUCAGAUCCAAACGAAACACAUGUAUUUGUCAAUGUCAGGGAGCAUCAGGGAGUGAAUUGGUGUUUCUUCUCUGGUUUUAUUGUUGUAUUUAAAUAUAUGAAAUAAUAUUUGUGUUAUUAAAGUGUUCUUGAACUUGAAAUGCAUUUACCCUAUAGAUUUAGCAAAUCACGUUUUAUUUUUGUUAAGGUCACAUUCAACUUUGGCCUUGUGUGUGUGGAAGUUUUCGUUUAAAUGACAUUUCAUGUUUUGAUCUUUAAAAAAAAGAGUUUCACUUGGAAUGUUGGAUUGAGAGAUUGAGAGCCACAGCAGACGCAGCUGGUAAAUCGUUCAAGGCAAAAAUGUUAGUGGAGAUAGUAGAUAAAAGAAAAUGUUAUGAAAGUCACUGGUUAGUAUACACUGAGACUGAGUGGUACUGCACUGGAUUGCCAUGAGCUUCUAGUAUUAAUAGUUGGAUAAAGUGCAGAUUAUUAUAUCAGAUUAAGAUUAGCUUUACAAUAAUUCCUCUGAUUCUGAAAGUUGAAGGCCCAAACCUAAUAUUAAAAUUAUUUUGGACCUUAAGAAAUGCAUAUGUGCAAUGCUUACACUUCACACCGUUUACAUCUACCUUAAAGGGACACUUUUUUUUUAAAA